AUGGGCAACUGCAUCAAUAGGGUGCCUCUGUUAGGAUCCCCUUCAGAAGAGGACCAAGACGAGGCAUGGAAGAGACAGACGCGUGGAAGGAUAGAAAAUAAACUUUACACACUUGUGGACUUGAAAGGUCCCAAUAGCAACACAGAACUGGUUCAAAUCUGGAAAAAAAGUGGAAGGCCAGGAUUUAUAAGUGAGCUUCAACGCAAUGAAAUUCUACUUCCUUAUUUAUAUGAACAAGGCGAAGGAAAGGAGGUUACGGCUGAGGAGAUGAAGGAAUGGCAACAUGAAAAAGAGCAUGAGGUGAACAAAUAAACAAUGAAAAAAAUACACUUCCGUUGGGUUCGUUAAUUAGCUUUUAGCAAUACAUAAUCAUACAGUGUCUACACCUUACUAAACAACUAGAACCAUCGUCUGCAGCACAGUCAAUUAACAGCGCAACAGACAACAGUAAAGUGCUGUCCAGUAGCUUUCAUUGGAAUGGGCACUUCAUUCACAAUCUCAAAAGUUAGGACCACCUUGUACAGCAUAAUAAACAAUACCACAGGAAAGUACUGCUCAGUAGCUUUCAUUUGAAUGGUCAUACUUUAAUCCACAAACUCAUAAGUUAGAACAACAUUGUACAUCAAAAUGAGCUGUUACAAUUUCAUUGCGCACUUGUCAGUUCCUUGAUAUGCCCGCGGAACUUUUGUUAAACAACAAAUUGAUGCCUUGACAAUGGUCUCAAGAACAACUGCUCUUUCUUCAUUCUAUAGUGAUAAAAAAAAAAAACUUAUGAUUUUUCUAUUUCACCAUGAUCAGUAGCCAUUCCUGACAUAAUUUUUUUUUCACAUACUUUUUUCUUUUACAGUUCAAUAAACACGCAAUGAAAAACAAAGACGAUUCAGAACGCACACCCCGCAAAGCGUGCUGGUCUCUUGAGCACCGUGGUACCCUGGGAGAGACAGCAUUACACUUGUGUUUCUUGAGCAACAAUCCAAUGAUGAUCGAGAUGGCACGGGCGCUAUUAGAACUCUACCCCGCGAUGGCAUUUGACCAGUAUGAGGGACAGGAAUAUUACGGUGAGUGGAAUAAAGCAUAAGAGCCAAGAACGUUCGUUAGCUUUCAGUUGCUCAAAAUGCCUCGUACUUAAAUUUACCCUGUAUUCAUAAUGCCCCUUGUUUACCCCAAAUGUCGCCUAACCGUUGUCUUUUGUUUUCUCUUGGGACGACUGUAAUACCCAGGAGAAAUUGGAAACAAUGCAUGGUAAUGAAAAAUUGUUUCAGGAGGAAACAGGGUGCAUUAUGGUCUAUAUGGAAAUGGGGAAAAAUCUAGCAAACAAAGUCGAUACCAUCUUACAUAGCAUAUAGAUACGCGCUAAAGAAAACCACUGCUUCGUGACAAAAAGUUUGAUUAUUCAAUUUACUUACUUAAAAUCUCCUUUUUGAUGAUUGAAAUAAGAGCAUAUCAGAAAACAAUUUUUAAGAAAAUCUAUCUCGCGAAGAUUUCUAAUGUGGUCGAUUCUCUUAGCGAUGCUUUCGGUGGAGGAAAGUUUGACAAAGAUAAGACCCAAAGGAGUUAGACGCUCGUACCGUAAGCUGCGGAAAUUGUUGCGCCCUUUUUCCGUAAGACCGGAGGAAGAACAUGACUCCGCAACUUACAGAACAAACCAUGAAAAGGCGGAGGAAACAUGCUGACAGCAGAACGUAUAAAUUUCAACAAUGAUUAAAUACAACACAAUUCUACAGACCCACCACCAGAGAAAAAUGGUUUGGUCCUUUAUCGCUUUUUCAGGUGAGACAUCGGUGCAUAUCGUGAUAGUCAACGGAGAUCUGCACUCGUUAAAGCUUCUGAUUGGUCGAUGUGGUGCUGAUGUUAACGCACGCGCACAAGGGAGGUUUUUCAUGCCAGAAGAUUGUAAGGAUAAAAUGAAACAGGUUACCGACUAUGAGGGUAAGUGCCACAUGUUUACCAGUUUUCAGAUUUUACAUUCUACCAGUUCUACCCACCUUUAACGGUUAGAAAACUCACGAAGAAAAGGAAACUUUAAAACACUGCGCUUCCAGUAGAAUGGUAACGUUACAUUCUGUUCCAGAAAUUAUUCUAGAAAUCACACCGAAUUUCUCUUGCUGUGAUUGCAAGAAACGUUAAGAAUUUCUUCAUUUUGUUCCCCCCAAAUCAUUUUCGUAUUCCUUCCUCAUCUGGUGAAAUUGACAUUUUAUAAAACAUUCGAAUCCAAAGAGCUUUGAAUUAAGUACAUAAGAGUCAUGCAUUCCGCCCCGUCAUACUUAGUCGAUCGAACCAACCAUAAUCAGAAGGUGCAAGCUAGGAUUACAUUCAAAUCAAAUUUAUCGCUUGUUCUAUAUCUAAACCAACUUGCUUGUAACAAACAGGUUAUGCCUAUUAUGGUGAAUACCCAGCAUCCUUUGCAGCUUGUUUUGAAAACGAGGAGAUGUACGACUACCUUAUAAGGAAGGGAGCGGAUCCCAAUAGACAAGACACAUUUGGCAACACCGUAUUACACCUGUGUGUUAUACACAAUAAAAUCGUAAGUACACGCUUGACUUAACAGGCUUACCAAUAAUGUAUACGCUCGCAUUUCUUGUUAGCUAAGAUAAGCAUCAUCAUUGAACUGGGACGAUCGUCAAUGCGGAGCAGUUUUCCAGACAUAAACAAAGGUCUCGCUCAGUUUCGUGGUUGAGCAAAAAUUCGAAAUAGUCCCUGUCAUUAUUACCGCAAAUGAGGUUUUCUCCGAAAACAAAAGCCUGCAUUCUUUGAAGUUAUUUUUCGCUAACUUUAUAUUUGCUAAUUCGUUAUAAUAAAUUCUGUUUUCCACCACCCUACCCCCCCACAAUCUUGCGUAAACUAUUAUAUUGAAAUGCUCCUAGAAGAGCUGAAUAUUCCCAAGACCAUUUGAAAACAAUAACUUAUGCAAAAAUAUUUUUGAGGCGAGGGGAUGUCAAGCAAGGUGUAUUAUGAGGGAUUUGAAAAUAGUCAAUUGCUCAUUCAUGUUUGGCAGUUUCUCACGAUGCCCCUAAAGAUUUGGAAAGUUGCUUAAUAAACCAUUUGAAAGUAACAACCGAUACGUCGUUUGCACUAAGCAACUCUACUAUGUACAUGUAGUACCUUACUUGUCGCAUAGUUGCAUCAAGAGAUAAAAUUACUUAGAUUUUCUACUUCUACGCCAGGAACUAUCAAUGAAUUCUCUUUCCGUUUUUCUUUUGUUUUAUAGGACAUGUUUUUUCACGCUACUCGGAGAAAACACAAGAUUCGAGGCGAUCCAUUUGUCAGGAAUAACCAAGGUCUAACCCCGCUGACAUUAGCGGCCAAAUUAGGGAGAAAAGAAAUGUUUCAUGAAAUUCUUGAAUAUCAGAGCAUGGUAAGAAACCAUCUGAUAAAAGAAAAAAGAUCGUGUAAUAAAUUACACCUGAACCUCGAAGCAGUAAAUUGGAAGAGCACACUUGCAUUUUCUUUUUCAAUCAAUAAGGUGGUAGAAAAAGUUCAGUUUUUCAACUGGUCAACAGAUUUGUUACCAUUCAUUGUUUUUAACGUGUAGCAGCAUGGUAUGUUUUCCCAGGCUAAGCCCGGGUUUACACGUACGACGCAAGUGCAAACCGUAGGUAAAUAUAAAAGACAUGUUCAAUCGGUUCCAUGCCAUCACGGCUAAGAAAAAGGACUUGGACUGCGCAUGCGAAUAUGCUGUCCUUGUGUGCGUUGGAAGUGUAAACAGCAUUGCAUGUUCAUUUGCGCUUGCGUUUGCAUUUGCGUCGCACGUGCGAACCAGACCUUAGCAGCAGCGACAGGUUUUCCCUCGCUUAGCAGCAGCGCCAUGUUUUCCAUCACUUAGCGGCGGCACUUAAGUUUUCCCGCGCUUUGUAGGGGCAUUGUUGAAAGAAAUUUUAAAAUUUUCUAUGAUCGUUUCUAACAGGAAUACUGGUCUUAUGGACGCAUGACUUGCUCAGGGUACCCGCUGGAUAGUUUAGAUUCUGUCAACAAAGAUGGAAAGUCAGGUAUGCCUGCCAUCAACGAGAUACAGACAAAAAAAGGAAUUUUGUACUGACUAUACCGAUGAUACUAACAAACGUAGCUAAUAACUAUUUAUUCCUAAAUCCUGAUUUAUCUUCCUAGCCUUACGAAUAUGUGUUAAACUUGUGCGUCCAUCCCGGGCGGUGAUGGUGGAAGAGGAUGAGAAGGGGCAAUCCUUGGGAUAAAGGAAAAACCCUGGGGGAGGGAAAAGCCGGAACUUUCACGCUUUUCGCAAUUAGUAGUAACUAUUAUAUGAUUUCUCGUAUUUGACUCCCAGUUUACCUCUUAUCAUCUCAUUGCAUUAUCCCGAAAUUCUGUUCGCGUUCUUUCAUUCUUUUACUCCUUUCUCCCCUGCUUGUCCCCAUCUUGUUACAUCUUUAUCAAAUCGAUUGUCUUCCUUUUCAUUUAGAUAAAGACUCAGCACUGUUAAUCACACUAAAUGGAAAGACGAAUGAACAUUUAGACAUGUUAAACAGUGGGAUCAUCUAUCGGCUUCUUGAGGAGAAAUGGACAACUUUCGCUAGGGUAAGAAUCAAGACUAUGUCGCCUACAUAUUGUAGGCACGCAAUGCGUACAGAUCGAGGCAUAAAAGAACUUUGUCAUGAAAUCAAAAUUCAAACUGUGGGAAACGCCACCAUUCUCAGUGAAACAUAAAAAUAACAGCUCAGAACAUGAAAAAAGGUAUAACAACAAAUACAAAUUGACGCAGGGAUAGACAAACUUAAAGACGAUUGACACGGAUUGCAAUUGUGCUUUUUGAAAACGUUUUAGCAUAACAGUUUUUUCAAAGUUCAUUUUUGUUGUUUGUAGUGUUUAAUAGCACUACUUAAGAGGUAUAUUUGUUCAAAUUUGUCAAGUUCCAAAGCGAAAAAGGACGCACAAUUGCCAUUAGUAACAAUUGACCAAACAACCGUGCGACAGCCCCUUUGAAUGCUGGUGUGAAAAAGGCGACGAAUAGCAGCCGCUGGGCAUGCAAAAAGGCAGCAUGGUAAAACCUGCUUAAUUCGCUAAAGUGGCUUUCCCUUCUUCUUGCAGGGCAAGUUUUACAGACGUCUGUUAUUUGCGGUUCUGUAUCUUCUGGCUUUUAGCUUAUCCAUCUAUUAUCGUCCGAGGCAUCUGGAUUUUUUGAGAAUAGAAAACGGCGAUGAUGUAGUAAGGAAAUCUUUUGUUUUCUACUACUAUCGCACGAACCUCGUUGCUAAUGCAAUAUAGUCUCUUUUCAUGAACCUUUGAUAUACUAGACUGUUCACAGCCCACUAUUUUUCAGUAAGAAGGUCGAGAUCGAGCGCUUUGCGUUAUGCAUGGGCGGCCAUCUUGGAUGAGGUGAAAUCUACUCAUGACCCUGGGGGAAUGAAACCAAGAUGGCCGCCCGUACCGGUAAGCGCUCGAUCCUGACGAUAUUAUGAAAAAAAUAGGAAACUGUGAACAGUCUAUUGAUAUAUCUAGAUUCAAAAUAAUAGAAACACAAUUUGACAGAAUACUAGCAAAAGCAAAACAGAGGCCACUCACGAAUUUUCGACAGUCGUUCACUCAAUUUCAAAUACAACGACCUGACUUCCGGUGAACAGAUGGACGAUCCCACUUUUGCCUUGACUGGGCCAUCUUCACAGUGCAUUGAUGUGGUGGUUCGUAUCUAUGGUCCUGGGUUGGUUACCCUGUGAUUCACCUAGCAUCUCAUCUAGCGUGUGGAAGUCCUGUGGUUUAUAAGGUAAGACAGCGCUGGUAGCCUGCAAAUACAAUCGGCUUUCAUUGCUACCCAUUGCUGGGGAUGAUUUGCGAGUCAACAUUGAUUUACCUCAUCAGUGUGGGAUGUUUGAGGCCAAAACUCAGACGUCUCUCUAGCGAACACCAGCGAUGUGGAGCGAUGACAAUCGGCUGAAAACGCUGGCUAAUAAGGAUGCAGCGUACCCCAAUGGUCAGCGAUUCGGGUUCGGAAUUUGGCGGCCUCAGGUUCAAAUACAAAUUCUGCUAUGACAACUCGCUGGAUUUGCCUCGUGGUGGUCCCGAAUUCAAAUCCCGGGCCAUGCUUUUAAAUAGUUAACUGGUUGCCUUCUCCCUGUUAGGUUUUUAAUCCUGCUUAUGUUAUAUAUAUUUGGGUCAUUAGUUUGAAAUUAUUUGAGUGGAGAACUUAUGAAUUAGCUAGUAACCAAGGGCACUUUAACUAUGAACAAAGCAUUUACCAAGUUAUUUCUAAUGUACUCUUUGUUUUUACCAAUGCUCUUAAAGAGUUCAUCCAUCAACUGUUAAUUUUUAUAUUAACGGUCGACCGCGCAACACACGCGAAUUAACACAAACAGGAAUAAAAGCAAGAGCUGUUUUGUGUGAAUUUUCAGUUCCGUCUUGUGGCCGAAGGCUUCACUGUCCUUGGCGCAAUAAUUUACUUAGUACUGGAAAUCAAAGAUGUGUUGAUUACCCAAGGAAUCACAGCUCAACUAAUUACACUGGUAAGUUUACUAAGUUAUGCAAGAUUAUCUCAGUCUAAAUUAGACUCUUCACUCCCCUAUUCUACCUAAGAUCGUCGGGAUCGAGCGCUUACCGAUCAUCUUGGUUUCAAAUCUACCGAGGGGGCGGGCCCCAGAGUUUUUAGCGUUUUUAGCGGUAAGGCCAGGGGGGCUUUCUCUGAAACCGUCCGCCGCCCGCCAAAGUAGACUCGGUACAGCUGAAACCAAGAUGGCUGCCCGUACGGGUGGGUACUCGACCCCGACGAUCUUACGGAAAAAUAGUGGACUGUGAACAGUUUUCUGCACGUCAGAAAACCUUAGGUACCGGAUUCGGCAGUAUUUCAGUUGCACCUAGGCAGUAAUUUUUCUAGGCAGUAAACCUGACACGAAGUUUGACCCAGAAUACCACUAAGGCGUUUACUGGCAACGUCUCCUGGAUAAAUAUGCGCAACUUUGUCAUUUCGACGCAGGGGAAAAAACGACGUGACGCAAGGAGUAAAUCUUACCUGGCCUGCGUCAAAAAGACAGACUAAAAAGCAAGUAACAUAUGUGCACCCAAGGCCUGGCCAUGCAUGCGCACAGCCACAUCGCCCAAGCAGUGGUAGCCAUUGACAGCUGGUUCGCCCUUGUUAUGGCUGACACUGCCCGUGCGAUAUGGCUGUGCGCAUGCGUGAGCUACAGGCCAAGCCGUGGGUUGGUGUAAGUGUGACACUUGCCUUUAAGUUUGUCUUAGUCCACCUCAGACAACCUAGCAAUUAUCCUCAAUGUGGAUCAAGGUGACGUGGUAUUAAUAAUUCGUUGAUCAGUUGAAUGAUAAAUAGGGUUCGUGCUUAAGCCGUAGUUUCGCAUAACCGUGUUGUAUUCUUAGCUGAUCAUAUGUCAUAGUUAACAGUUUCAUUGGUAUCAAGAACGUGCUUCCCGAAAUAAUGAUCCCUGACUCAAAACAGGAACCCAAAACCUACGCUAAUUACCAACAGCCAGGGCGUCAUUGUUUCUCCUUACGCCCUGUCUAAAGUAUUAGGAAGAACGUUAAUACAAAAGUACUGUAACAGUAUGUUACUUGCUAGUGUUUGCUUGAGUAUUGUGUAUCCGCUUCUUGCUACCUGUUUUUACAGAAUACUGAAUUAUCGAUCUUGUGAUCAUUGGGUUCCUUAUUGCGUUACCUAUUCCAUCCUUAUUUUUCUAGCGUGACGCUCCAGGCAAAUCUCUUUUCCUUGUAUCCUGUAUACUGGUGAUCAUUGCGUUACCAUGCCGUUACCUAGGUCAACGAGAUGCUGAGACAACGAUGAUGAUCCUGGCCGCUCCAAUGGCCUGGUGCUAUCUGCUGUUCUUUUGUAGGUAAGUGGAUUAGUCUGUUGCUUAACCGGUUCCUCACGGUUGUCACGCACCACUUCUCAGCAGACGGAGAUCGGCAUGUGCGCAAAACAAUAAUUUCAUAUCUACGAUCUCACUCUGUCUAUAAGUUUUAAGUCUGGCUGUAGUUGAUCUGGGUAAGAGAAUCAUAGGGGAGGGAGGAAGAGGGGUACUAAGGUUCGAUUACUGUGAGCAGACAGAUGUUCAAAAGGGCGUUCCCUCCCCUACCCCAUUCUUUUCAAACGACGGCCACGUUGGUUAGUGUUUCAGCUUUCUUGGAAGGGAUGUUCUUCAUUGGUUUCGUUUUGUUUUUCAGAGGUUUUGGAGCAAUCGGUCCUUUUGUGAAUAUGAUAUACAGAAUGUGUGCUGGAGACAUGUCAAGAUUCUUUAUCAUUUAUAUAAUUUACGUAGUGGGUCUUGCACAAGGUGAGCAUGCAUUAGAAUGUAAUUCAGUACCCAGGGGCCUGGGUACCAAAGGUAAUUUUUUUCGGGAGCGGCGGGAUACAUCGUAGUCGGGCGACACAAAUUGCGAGCAGAGAAGCUGCCAGAAAUAAAACCGCUGGUACUGUGCGGUAAAUAUAAACAAUUGUCUGAAACCAGGAGCCCAAACUGGAAACGGCGCAAGAAAACUCUCUGGCACCUAGAGUUGUAUUUUAGUUGGUGAAAAAGAAUUUCUUAAGCCAUCCUACCAGCUACAAGAAUCAACAGAGUAUCGGAUUCGUUCAUGGGGACGAGGAAUUUGCUCGGUCAGUUUCCUGGGCAGUUUGAUGAACCAAUGAUUGAAUAGUUCGGUAGCCUGGCAAACUUUCACUCUCCAUGAUCAUGAAAUCAGAAUCUCACUAAAAUUAACCAACCUCGUUCCCAGGGCUUCUCUUAUUUCCUUUCCUAAUUUCUGACGGAAAAGCCCUGGCAACGAGGUUUGCAAAUUGACAGCACCUUUUUACAAUGUUUCCUCUUCAUUUUCCUUCACAGCAUUUUCCUACGUGAUGAAAGGAGUAGAGGGCUAUCAGAAUGAAGGCUAUACUAUUAUGACACUAAUGCGCAUGACAUUUGGCGAGUUCGAUGUAAGUUUUAGCUAAAAUAUAGCUGGAAUGUUCUCUUCAACGUUGCGCCUUGUCAUGAUUAGUUAUUUCAAGGUCAUAUGACCUUAAACAAUGGAACUUUUUCCGGCCAGAAUCUCACUGACUAGCAACAUUCAGUCAAACUCUUUGAUGUUCCUGGGGCCCAGUCUCUCUUGAGUUAACGUCGACGUAAAAACAAAAUAUCAAUUAAAAUAUCUCCUGGCACUGUCUUUGUAGCAAACUCAUUUGGUGUCCCUACUUUUUCCUUAAUCACUUUGUGUGGCUGACAAAUACCUUUUGUUUCUCCGCAGUUUUUCCAAUUCGAUAAAUCCCGGCAUGCAACGUUGGCAAAAAUGUUGUUUUUCUACUUCAUGUUAUUCGUCACAGUUUUACUCAUGAACAUGCUGAUCGCCAUGAUGGCUAACACCUAUCAGAAUGUAAGUGUUACAACUUCACUCAAGCUCCAGAAAAAAAAGUUAUGUUCGCCAAUGUAGCUUGAUAGGAAUUUUGUAAAAACAUUGAUCUGACGCAGUUAGGUUGGGGCCUUUUUUUUUGCUGUACAUCGCCUUUUACCUGAGAAAAAUAAAACUUGAUGAGUAACCGCCUCUUUGCGAGAUAAGUUAUUGACGGACGUGACCAUAGAAACAUUAUAACUUCUCGCCUCAGCCCGCAUGUCAGGUACUGGUUAUCCGGAUUCCGGAAUCCAAGAAAUUUUUGCUUGUGGAAUUCUUGAUCCAGGAAAUUUUUGGCUUGUGAAAUCAGGAAUCUUGGACUUUGGAAUCUGGAAUUCAGCUCCAGGAAUCCGGAAUCGAAGUUUCACUGACAAGGAACGCGGAUUCCAGUACCUGGAAUCCGGAAUCCACAGCGUCGAAUCCAGAAUUCACGACUGUCUCGAGCUAGCUAAUAUGGGGCAAGACUAGCCUGUUAGCAAGCUCUCCAUGUAUGGCGAGCGAAGCAAGCUGCGUGAGAACGCGCGAGCGACCGGCAACAGCUUGCUACUCUCGCGUGACUUCUCGCGACUCCCCCAAAUGGAGAGCUUGCUAGCAGGCAAGGCGCAAGACUUGCAAUCCUCUUCCAAUCCCAUGGCCAUCUACAACAUGGGCAGUUGCUAAAUUCAGCUCAUAAAUAAAGUCAUGUAUCCAAAUAACUGAGCCACUGUAUUUACGUGUUUUUUUCUGUGAUAGAUUAAAAAGAUUAAUAUUCUCUGAGUUUUUCACAAAGAUAGUAAAAACUGACGGAAAAGCGUUUCAAAUCCAAAAUGUCCUCAAAGAAAUUUUCCAGACUGAUAGGCUCCUCAUAUUUUCUUAAAGAAUAAGGUGAAGGAACUUGUAUAAAGAUCAAAGCAUUUCUCAUGCUGAUCUACUCAUCAGAGCAGUAAUUCUUAUAAGCUUUUUUUCUUAACUUUGUAAUGUUACUGUUAGGUUUGUCACUCAUGGCUUUUUUGGGGGCUGAAAAGGUGACUAUAAUUUUUUUGUCCUGCAGAUUUCAGAUCGUUCAGAGAAAGAAUGGAGAAGACAGGUAAAGGUUUUCAACCAAUAAUCUGAACAGUUUGACCAUAGAGUUUCGUCCACAGACUCAAAAGUUAUAAACACAUUUCAUGUCUUCAUAAUUGACUUUGGGAAAAAAUGUAAUCGUCUUUUUUUCCAGUGGGCGCAAAUUAUCAUGGUGUUAGAGCGUUCCGUCAAACCGUCAGAACUGAAGAAACUUCAGGACGAUUACUCGGUCGAUAUGGCUCGAGAGGGGAUUGAGGAGAGAAGGAGAGGUCUUAUGGUGAUUAAAAAGAGCAGUUUGCCGAGUAAAGCGGACAAGCGUAGAACCGCCAUCUUGAAUUGGCAGGUAUGGGUAAUAAUUUGGGCUGGUAAUAUAUGGUAUCAGAACUGACUAACAUUUAAGAAUAAAAAUCAACGAUAAAAAUUUUGAAUGACGUUUCGAUGACUUCGCUCAUCAUUUUCAAAUUCUAAAAAGUUAGAUUGUUAAAAGUUCCGUUUAUGUAUUAAGAAUGCGCGUGAAGUCUCGUUGCACGUGAUUAAAAACUACAAUGUGGAAUGUAAUGAGUGUUAAUUAGGUACUAAAUAGUUUCGCUUUUAUUGAGUCUGAUUGAGUGUUCAGUUUGGGUUUCUUUUCCUGGAUAACUAACAUUUUAGAAUUUGAAAAUGAUGAGCGAGUCAUCGAAACGUCAUUCAAAAUUUUUAUCGUUGAUUUUUAUUCUUAAAUGUUUAUCGAAAGCGUCUGUUAUUAGAACUGACUAAAGGUUAACAACUAGAGGUACGGUAAUCAUUGAUCACGGAUCCGCGUUCGUCACUUACGGAAAAAUUACGGAAACGAAGUCGAGUCGAAAGGAGUCCAGUUUCCCGGCCGAAGUGCCCUGAUAAAAUUAAUAAGGGCGGCUAAUUUGCAGUCGCACGUGAUAGCUCAAAAAUUAUUUCCUUAGUGCCACAGGAACACCAGAUUAGGAUGCGUUGUGACGAAGCGAUAAGGAAUGUCAUUAAACAUGUUAGUUAGUAAGGCUAUGUUCAAAUUUUCCCGAAUAGGUCACCUUGCACCUGCGCGAAAACCAAACCGGAAAGGCCUUCUGUUCACACAUGAGAACAGCGAUUUUGGCGCGAUUUCCAUGAUAGAGCGAAGCUGCGCCGCGCAGAUCUCGAAAUUGGAGCGGUACAUAUCGGAUAGGUUCUGUGCCACGCUUUAGGUGUAAUGUGAACAGGUAUCGGGGACCUUAGCGGAAGUGAAUAAGUAGGAGCAGGGAGGACUGGAAUCCACUGAGACGGAAGUAAAUAUUUAGGAGUCAGGACUGAGAUUUUGUUCACCAAACCCCCCUCGGCCAAACGCUCGAGCACGAAGUUGGAUGUUUGUGAACGACUUGUUCCACUUCUUUGCCGUUGCUGUUCACAGUAUUACUAUAACUGAUAGCUUUUGUCCGGUACAGUGUGAACAGAGCUUCAAGGGUGACCGCAAAACUGACCACGACUCCUAAAAUGAAGGCUUUCGAAAGAAGCGGGAAAGAAUCUCUGAUUAGCUUCCAUUUAAAUUUAAAGGGUUUUUUUUGUUCCUAUAAAAUUUGUGUAAAUUACCUUGGUUAAAGCGUCACAGAAAAAGUUGUGAUCUUCUAGCUUGAAUCUGGUUAACGUUAAAAAUGUAACCGAUAAAAAAAAAUUGUUGUCUGCCCUUUUCCCACUUAGAAUAAUAGUUAUAUAAUCAAAUUAUAAGCCUGUACCUACCUGACUGAGAUAAAGAAACACUGAGAAGACUCUAUGAAGAAUAUCUUGGAUUGUAUGUAGUAAACGUCUUAAACGAAUUUAUAAAUAAACAGUAACCCCUAAAUUUUACUCUCUUUAAAGUUUAAUGUACUUUGAGGAAGUAUUACAGUGUAUAAACAAAUACAUAUCCCUCAAUUGCAACUGAGAACACUUUAUAAACCAUAGCUUACGCCACUUUUUGAUUCUUUAUAACAAAAACGGUUGAAAACACUCGGUUAUGUCAACAGUUUAUUACUAAACACAGAGCUCUGCGAAACGCGAAAUGUGUUAAAAAGGUUCUUUUUGUGCUUUAUGUAUAAAGUAAAUUUUGAAUUCAGCUAACGUCAGAGGUAAACCGGCUAAAUCGCUGUUAACUUAAUUUGUUGUAAUUUAACGUUAACUUUGAACAUUUAAUGCCAGAAUCUUCUCAACGAUUUGGAAGUGCAAAGUUUAAUGGCGACGGACACAGGUAAAAGCCCUUGAGUAUUGCAUGUGUCCACGUGGAAGACACUCAAUAUUGCACAUCAAUAGUGUGAGCACACUGAACACUGUGAUUUAUAAUUCGUUGCACUAAUAUAUAGAUUUAGUCAAGGCUAAAGGCGAAGCACCCGUACUAAAUUUAUAAUUUACUUCAAGCAAUCAACUUGUAACCAUUACAAAGAAAUCCACUUAGAGUUGAGCCCGCGAUCGGUUAGAAACUAGAAACUUGUCAACGGAUAACUUCAAAAGAACACAUAACCUCUAUAGGUCAACACCUGAGCCCGCGAUACGGUCAAGUGAUACUGGUCAACGAAUACCCUGUUUUUGAUAGCUGUCAAUUGACCACAACGUGAAAGUGCAGUAUCAGGUUGCAGGCUCUCACACUGGCUAGAAAGUGCGAGACUUCACAUUGGUUGCUUGUGGUGCGGCCGAACGUCAGUCACGUGACAACCAAAAAUUCUCGGAUGGAUCUAUAGCCAAAUUUUGUUAACUAGUGGGUUCAGUUUUCGUGGAGCUCCGCUAUAAGAACGAAUAACGAUUACUUUAGAGAUAUACCACAUCACCUUAACCUCGUCAGUUUAAAACAAGGAAAUAAGUUUUUAACCGUGGUCAUUGGCUUUUGUUCGGGUGAAAAAAAUCGUGACACAGUCAAUGAAUCUCAAAAAUUGGAACGGAUGAGAACAAUGCAAUCAAACAACUGAUUAGAUUCGAGGGAAGUACACCCAAUUUGCCCCACGUUGCUGGCAGAAGCGUGCUGGAAUCCAUAGGAGGAUUAACCAUGGAAAAGUAAGCAAUCACACAAACGUUGCUGAUCAAAGAGACUCGUAGACAGAAAAAAUGUGAUUGGUACCUGCUCUCUGGUACAACGCAGCGGGUGCCAUGCAUGCGCAGUAAUAACAUCCUUGAUAUCGUCGAUAAGUACCGUCACUCUAUAAACAAUGGUUCUGAUAUGAUUUUAAUGCUAAACUUGACACAUUUAAGUAACUGCUAAAACGAUAAGUUUGAACAGGGGCACCCAACGGCAAUUUUCGGGAAAAUAUCUGUUCGGAAGACGAUUUGAGAUCUAGAAUUUUCGGAGCAUUUGUUGUAAAAUUUCUUGCUUGCCUGCCUCUCCUAGGAUUUUCGAACAUCUACAAAAUGGUAUAAUUACCCAUUUUUAACGGAUUUUGACCCAAAAAAAGGCCACCUAGAAUUUUCGGGAGCCUUUUCCUGGCUGAAAUUUUCGAGAAGGUAAGUUUUUAUCCCUAUAAUUUUCGGAUCACUAGACGUUCAGCUAGGAAAUCCGAACAGAUGAAAAGUUUUUAGGGGAUAAAAAUAUGCCUAUAUCUACCGUUUGAAUACUAAAAUACGUUUAACAAUGCUAUGUUAAGUGGUUUUCAACUAUAUCCUCGUUGGGUGCCCCUGUUUGAACUGUGUAUCUAAAACAUGAUACACCUAACAUGAUUGUGUCAUAAAACUACUGCUUUCAAUCAUAAAUGGCAGGAGCUGUAAAUGGUUAAUUGCUGACAAAUUAAACUGUUUUCUUGUGGAUAAAAAUUAUUAACUAAUGCCUCAAUGUCUAAUAAGAAGUUGAUUGAUACACGAUACUGUGCACUGUGCAUAUUUUUACCUCUUUCUACUCAAGCAUGGCUUGACUGAUUUUGCAUGUUUUGAUAUUUAAGGGCAUUUAUAAUGUUUUUUUACACAGGUUCUGGGAGUUGACUCGGUCAAAAAUAGGCUUCAAGAACAAGCAACGCAAAAGCGGCAAAGACCACUUCCAGCAGUGUCCACGUGAAUAUCACGUGGUCAUACGCAUGCCGGCAAUACAACACGAGAAAAACAUGCGGAUGACGCGUGAGCUUUGCCAGAAAAGAAGGAAAAUAAAAGCGAGGCUACGCCAUUUGCUAUGUUAUUGAAUAAGUAUGAUACAACAAAAAAACAGAAAAAAUUGAAAGAGAGGCAAUGCACCAUAGUGGCCACGUGAUUGUCGUGUGCAAGUCAUGAGCGGUGCAUCAUGUGCACUUCACGUGAGUUUGGUUGAGGAACUGUAGUCGCAUUAUGACCAUUUAUGAGGAGUACACUACUGUAAAAAUUUAACACUUGAAUGAAAGCAACGGACCAAAAGUGGUUUACAUUCGAAGAUAUAAUUUAAGAAUUAUUAAACCUA